CUGUUUGUGAUCAUCUGCAAUUUGAUGUGAUAGAUUCCAUUGGGUUUGAGGUUCGGAUCAUGGCUCGCGUUGACAAGCGAGCAAGUGGGGUUUUUGUGUCGUAGUGACAUGGUAGUAAUCCAGAAUUGAAAAAAAAAAAUUGAGGAGGAGUAAAUGUUCGUAGAAUGGUCGCGGUUUGUGAGCACUUUUCAGUAACUCGUUUUCGGGGUUUGGCUCUCAAUUUGAUUGUGUGAGAGAGUGUGGGCCGGAUUGCGUUAAGACUUGCAAUUAUCUCGAUGGAUUUGAAAGACACGUUCGUGUAGCUGGUUGGAGUCGAGUGCGCAUCGCGAAGGGCUAGUAGUGCUACGACGUAGCAUUAAACAAGGGUUCGUCGGCGAAGAAUGUUGUAUGGCGUAGGAUGGUUGGUUAGUUGGUCUCAUUGGAUUCAAUGAAGACUUUGAGGUUUUUGAUCGAGUAGUGUGAGAGCGUUGAGUAAAUCUCAGUUGUUGGUAGUUUGUUUUUGUGGAGCGGCGUUGACGUGGUAGCUGAAAAUGGUAGAGUUUCCUGUAGAUACACAUCCAGGCCACUCGCUCCACCUCCUCCUCUUCAAGGAUGUCACUAAUAGCAAUGAAUUAGUUGAGGCUAUGAAAGCAGGAACAUUGAGUCCUGAGCUGGCCUUCUUUACUGCCACUCUUGUUCCGUCGACAUUUCCAGUGCUAGUGGCAGCUCACAAGGCCUUGUUAGCGCAAUCAAGAGAUAACCUUGCGACGAGAACAUUGCACUCGGAGCUUAUCUACAACUACUCUGGUUCCAAGCAUAUUUCAGAGGCUCUACGCAGAUUUGGAAUAAACGAAACCAGUAGCUACAUAUUAGUUGGACGCUUUGACGCAACGCCUGAGGAUUUAAAGGCUACAAGAGGAUUAAUACAGGGAUCUGAGAUCAACCUUGAAGAGUUGUCCAAGGAGGCUAGCCAGUCCCUCAUCCUCAAGUACUACAAAAUCACACCUGCUGAACUGGAAGUGUCAUCCUUGGAAGAAGCAGUGACUUGUCGAAUUGCUGCCCGUGAUAUUCUCUAAUGAGAGGAAUGGUUCAUUAACAAAUGUAAACCGCUUGUUAAUCUGGACCACCAAUUAGUAGCCUCAUUAAUGUUGCAGCAGUUGAUGGAACUUUACCAACACAAAAACUCCAUCCUAUGAUGAAUUGAAAGUUGGCAUUACCUUAA